UACGCUCUGCUGGACCUCCCUCACAGCGAAACCACCCCGCCCCUGCCUAUAAAGCCACGCACUGGACGCGAGUACAGCGUACAGACUCUCAGCUCCCAUCAAGACGCCGCGUCACUGCCAUCAGGACGUCAUGAAGGCUAUCGUGUUGCCACUGCUGCUGCUGCUGGUGGGCGUGUUGGCGCUGUCGGCGGCGGGCCCCGCCCCCCUGGCCCGCCCCCAGCCGCUGCCGCUGCCGCUGCCCCUGAGGCAGGCCUCGCCCGCUGCCGCCCCCGAGCCGGCCGGCCGCGAGUCGCUGACGCCCAGCGAGCAGUUCUACUACGGCUACUACUACCCCGCCUACUCAUACUACCUGCUCGGCUAGGCGGCCUGUUCACUACACCGCACUGACUGCCACCACCGGACGAACGACCCUGUAACGCCAACGUUGUUUCAUCGAACCAAUAAAGUAUUGUGAAUCGGCA